AUGAACGUGAACAAGAGUCAUCUUAUAGAUGAUCCUGUAUCUGCUCAUCGAGAACAAAAAACACAUAAAAAAUGUAUUGGUAAUCGGCAGGAUCAACGCUUUCGAAAAAAAUGUCGUAGACGUGGGAUGAAAGCUGAUAGUAUAGAAAAAUUACUUCAGGCAAAAAAGAAGAUUCACAAUAAUAAGAAAAACAAAGCCAACAACUCAACGAGUACUACAACCCAUGAUAAUAACAUAUUAACAACAUCGAAGAAUGCAUCUAUUCGUAAUAAGGAUCCAUCAAUACAAAAAAAAUCGAAAACAAAUCUUACUAAACGUAAACGAGAUGUAUCAUUACAACAGCAAUCAAAUCUAAAUACAACAAUACCAAAAUCAACAAGUUCAAUAUCUAUUCUUCAACCAGCAUUGAAAAAAGUAAAACAUAAACAGAAAACUAUCACGAAUACAAAUAUUUCAUCAAUUAAAGUUCAACAGAAUACUUUGAAGAGAACUUAUCGGCGACCGAUGUAUUUGAAGCGAUCACCAAAGAUACUUAUUAAAAUGUUAAGUAAAACAUUAAAUUAUACAUUUAAAGAAAAAGCUGAUGAACGAUUUAUUGUCGCUCGUCUCGAUCUAUUUGAUCGAUUCUAUUGUCUACGAAUAGAUCUACAAUUAUGGGAAUCCUACCUAGAUAUUGGUUUACAACAACAUUUGUGGCCAGAUCGACUUUAUACAAUCGCUAAAACGAAUGAUUUCGAAAAUUGUCAUCAAUAUCUUUUGAAUCAUAUAAAUGAUCUCAAAAUAAAUUUGGAUCAAUAUCAGAUGGAACUGGAUAGGCAAUCACAACCAUGUCCCAUAACAACAUUAUCAUUGGAUCAAAUUGACCAUUGUCUGAAUGAAUUGGUCAUUUGCCAACGAAAAUACUUAUUGAUGAAAAAUAACAAUCAAUUGUUAAAAUUUAAAGACAACUUUCAUGAUAAAGAUUUAUUUAAAACUGUAUCUACAUUUCGUCUUACAAUAGAUCGGAAUGCAUACAUAAAUCAAUUACUUUUAAUACGAGAAAAACAAGGAGAAAUUUAUGAAGAACUUUUGAUUUUAGAAAUGCGAAUUUUGUAUAAAUUUUUACCACAAAACUUUGAUCAACUACAAUAUUUCAUUACACCUAUAACUUAUUCGCCAUUGAACAAUAAUCAAAAAGCAGUACAAGUAAAAAAUAAAUGUUAUAAAAUUAUACAGGAAGCUAAACGUUUAUGGUUAAAUAUUUUAUUCAAUGCUUGUGAAAUUAAAAUACAAGCAUAUGAUUGUCAAUAUCAAAAUAUAUUUCUACAAUUGGAAUCACAAUCGAUCGUUACCAACAAUGUUAAUGAUUCAUCUAUUUCUAACCAAAUCAAAGAAUAUCUGAUUUAUCGAACAAAUAAAUUAAAACAAGAUAUUUAUAAAAAGGUAGCAAAGUCUCGAGCAAUCGUACUUCAGAUUCGUCAACAUUCAUCGUCAUCGAGAAAACAAAAGAUUAUUGGUGUCUCUCCUGAGCCCUAUAUUGACUUGAUCUCACAUCAAUUUGUUAAACGUCAAUGGAAUCAUCUUUCGCUUGGUCCAUCUUGUAUACGAUUAAAUCAAAGUGCUAUUCGUCCUCGAAAGCAACAAGAAAUUCUUAUAAAAAAAGAACAUAAAAAUAUUGAUCAAAAAGUUGUUCAUCAUCUUACAUCACAACCAAAUAAUAUACCAUUAAAAUCAAGGAUUCUAAAAACAUAUUCCGAUGAUCUACUUAAUUAUUUUAAUCAUUCUUAUUUUUCUCCAUUAACAUAUAAGAAUGAAAUACAAGCACUCGAACAAGCAAGAACAGCUUUAUCAAUUCGACGAAAACUCAAGAAAUCCAAUCUUAUUCUUCGUGUUACUGAUAAGGGUCACAAUUUUUAUAUUGGUUCAGCAAUUGAGUUUGAUAAAAAAGUACAAAAGUUUUUUCAAGAUACAAAUGCUUUUGUGAUAUUAAAAGAAAAUCCAUUCAAUGAAAUUUUGGAUAAAGUUAUUCAUUUACUCAAUCAACUUCAUGGAAAAAAACUUAUUCUACGAUGGCAAUAUAAUAAAAUGAUGCCCAAUCGAACAAAAUCUGAAUUAGCUCAUUUAUAUUUUAAUCCUAAAACACACAAGGAUGAUAUACCAGUUCGACCCAUUGAAAAUACAAUGCGUGCUCCAAUAACAAAAAUUUCAAAUUUCUUAGAUGAAAUCAUACGACCUAUAUUCGAUAAUAAAUGUUCUACAACAGCCAUUAUUGAUAGUACUUCGUUAAUCAAAGAACUUGAUAAAUAUGCAAAAAGAGGUCUUUUGAAAUCAUCGACUCUUUUUUGUACAUUUGAUAUUCGUAAUUUAUAUACAAUGUUACCACAAGAAGAAGCAUUGAAUAUUCUUGUUGAAUUUCUUCAUCCACAUGGAUAUAGAAAAGUGAAAGGAAUUCCACUCGAUGCAAUAAGAAAAUUAGCAUCUAUUGUACUCGAAGAAAAUGUCUGUGUCUAUGAUAAAACAAUUUAUAAACAAAUGCUUGGUGGUGCCAUGGGUUCAUCAUUUACAUUAACAUUAGCAAAUAUAUUUAUGUGGAAAUGGCAAAAAGAACUUGUACGUCGACAAGAUAUGACAGGUGAAUUUUAUGGCCGAUAUAUCGAUGAUAUUUUUAUGACACGGAAUAGAUCCGAAAAUGACUUGAAGCAUUUAUUAAAAGACGCGAAUACUUGGCACACAAAUAUAAAAUUAGAAUGUAAAAUUAGCAAAAGUCUUCCAUUUCUUGAUAUUAUUCUUACAAAUAAUAAUGGUAUGCUUACAACAUCUGUCUAUCAUAAACCAGCAGCAGAACCUUACGUUGUACCAUUUAUAUCUGAUCAUCCACGACAUAUAUUCGUUAAUGUUAUACAAACAAGUCUUACACGUGCUCUAAGAAAUUCAUCGACAUUUGAAAUAUUCAACAACGAACGAAUCAAUAUUAAGUUAACUCUAUUGUACAACGGAUAUCCAUCAUCAUUCAUUGAGAAACAAUUUCGAAACUUUUUUUCUGAAUAUAUAAAUUCGUCGUCAUUUUUACCGUUUAUUGAUAACGAAACUCAAUUUGUAACUAUGCGCAAUAAGCUACUUAAUCUACCCACUGCUCGUCAAUCACAAGUAUCAUUAAGUGCAGCAACAGCAGACAUUGACAAUGACCAGACCGAUGAUACACACCAAGAACCAACAAGAGCAGCUCAUGAACAAAACAAGCAAGAGCAUACUUAUGGAAAUAAAUUAAUCGUCCAUUAUACACAUGAACAACGAUUUCAAACAUUUAAAUCAGACAUGCAUCGAGUCUAUGACAAUGUAUUCAAAGAUACACCGGUUGCCGAUGUUAAAUUGAUUGUCGGCAAUAAGAAUCGUCGUUCGUCAAAAAAUGAACUCAUAUGUAAACGACCUAAACGAUCCUUACUCAUCAAUAAGCCAUUCAAAAGUAAGUCACCUAAAGUAGAAAUCAACACAGAUUAA